AUGGCGCUCCAGACAUGCAAGCGGUGUCGCAAGAGACGCAUCAAGGUGCAUCGCUCCCAAUGCGACUUGCAACUGCCCUCGUGCAGCUCGUGCCGGCUCGCCGACACCGAAUGCCUUUUCUUCGAUGAUUCCCUCGGCCAUGAGGUUCCCCGCAGCUACUUGCAUGCACUCAACGUCAAAGUCGAGGAGCUUGAAGCCGAGAUCCGAUCUCUCAGAUCGCCUCAAGCCGCUCCAACUCCGCAACUUCCCAACCCGCCGAAACUCCACUCCACCUCGGACGAGUAUAAUCUGCAAUCACGCGACCGAGAACUGCCCAACCCGCGCUAUGUUUCCUCUGAAUCCUAUCUUGGUCCCGGAAGCUCCGCCGAGCUUCUGAACAACCUCCUUACUACCCUAGUACGCCGCCAAUUGUCAGCCGAGCAUUCGCCAACCGGCUUACCCAAGUUCGUCUCGAGGUUUCGCGAUGGCAACGACGGGCAGCACCUUUCGUUUCCUGCGCUGAACUUGAAAAUCAACCCGGGAAAACUGGAUACUCAAUCUUUGCAGCAUCCUCAAGUCCAGCGUGCCCUCAUCGAGUAUUACGCCAAGGCUGUGCAACCCAGCUUUCCACUCUUGUCUCCCGAUCAGCUAAGGUUGCUUCUUGGUUACGAAAACCCUCUGCGUCAAUCUGCCAACGAUUUCGAAAGGCUCUUGAUCCAUGGCAUGCUUGCUGUAUCUUCGCAGCUAGUUGCCCGUGAUUUGGACAGAGACCAGAGCGUAGCUGCAUCCUUGUGGACUGAGAAGCUGUUUGAUCACAUCAACCGAACUAAUUCGCAACCCCACGUGGACACCACCAAUGGGAAAGAGAUGAUUGUGUCACAGUGCUUCCUUGCUUUGCUCGAACUUGUCUCUCCAGGUGCUUCCAGAAGAUCGCCCUGGGAAAUCGUCGGCUCUGCAUCUCGCAACUUUGCUGCCCUAUGCGAGGAAACAGACUCGCUAGAUGAUGACCUCCAGCGUAUAGGCUUCUCUUUGUUUGCAUUUGAGAGGUAA